AUUGUGCAAUAAACACUUUGGCCGCUAGGCGUCCUGAUGUUCCUCGACGAGCAACAUUUUUUUUGUAAUAAAUCAGUGUCUUUCCAACCGAUAAGCACUUCUAAUAUAAACCCGUUUUUAAAAAUACGGUUAAUACAAAAACAAAAAGGCCUAAUAUCCGCUGUGCCGCAGAUUCCAAAACCCGGCCCUUCGUGGUCAGUCGCUGGUCGGCCAUAUUAGGUGUCCUCCUCUGUUUCGAAGAUACUGUUAAAUCCCGCUAUCUGAAUUUAUCCGGAUUUUUCCAAUCUGCGGGGGUUGCAGCACUCGAUAGCGUGAAGCAAGGGCGUUGCGUUGUAACAGCGCCCGUCGGUCGUGCAGCAGCAAAGCGGGCAGAAGAGGUGGGCACCGGGGCCAGACAGCACAGCAGCAGGCCUAUUCCAUAGGGACACAGUGCAGCGUCAUCAAAGAUGGCGUCCGGGCCGUACAACUACUCGUACAUCUUCAAGUACAUCAUCAUCGGGGACAUGGGGGUGGGCAAGUCAUGCCUGCUACACCAGUUCACGGAAAAGAAGUUCAUGGCAGACUGCCCGCAUACCAUCGGGGUGGAGUUUGGCACCCGCAUCAUCGAGGUGUGCGGUCAGAAGAUCAAGCUCCAGAUCUGGGACACGGCCGGCCAGGAGCGCUUCCGGGCCGUCACCCGCUCCUACUACCGGGGUGCCGCCGGGGCACUCAUGGUCUACGACAUCACCAGGCGUAGCACAUACAACCACCUUAGUAGCUGGCUGACCGAUGCUAGGAACCUCACCAACCCCAACACGGUGAUCUUUCUGAUUGGCAACAAAUGUGAUUUGGAAGCCCAAAGAGAUGUGACAUACGAGGAGGCGAAGCAGUUUGCGGAUGAAAAUGGUCUAAUGUUUGUGGAGGCUAGUGCAAAAACGGGUCAACACGUCGAGGAGGCGUUCCUCGAGACCGCAAAGAAGAUCUACCAGAACAUUCAGGACGGAAGCCUGGACCUGAAUGCUGCCGAGUCCGGGGUGCAACACAAGCCCCAGAGCAGGACCACAGCCAACCUGAUGAGCGAGGCGACGGCCGACAAGGAGGCGUGCGGAUGUUAGGGGAGGGGGCAGGGGUGGGCCUCUUCCCGUGGACGGUGCCCAGUGCGAGGUGCUGCCACAGCCCCGGAGUCAACCCAACGACAGAGGAAACGGACUUUUCGGUGACACACCAUGGAAGAAUGGGGGCAGGGAAAGGAGUUUGGAAAAUGGCAGUGAUGCUCUCUAUAUAUAUUUUUGUUUUUCUUUUAUUAUGGUAACGUUUCUCGUAACACCGGCAACAAAUGCGUGGUUUCCAAAGAGGCAAGACCCGUUCCCCAAGCACAUUACCUCGAAGUGCGAGGCACGGCGCGGGGACGUCGGAACGAGAGGUCGCUCGGUCAAUUUUUUCCGGCUCUUCUCGUUCGCUUUUGUCCACCGGUAAACCGUGCACGUUCUUCAGAGCUGCCGGAAGAGGGCCCGGACUCUUGGGUAGCCUGUACCAGACAUUCCUUACCGUCGCAACACGUCGCUCGUCGCGUCGGUCGCAUCUUCGCCGCGGAAGAAAAAGUGCAGAGAUUCGGAAACGGCCGCCGGUUCCUACCUACGAGCGUUCCUCCAAGGUUCGUCUUUGAAGGCCGACCGCGAUUUAUUAAACCAGAGCUCGGGAGCGAAUAGCCGUAGUCUGCUCUCUCUGCCGGCAUUUCUCGCUUUUCGGCGGUCGACGGCGGCUCGCUGUAAAAUAGGGCUUUGCGCUUUCGUUUCCCCCCCACCCAGUCGUCGAAGAAGGCCGAAGUCUCAACGAAGCGUGUCUUUUCGCUUGUCGAGUUUGUUUGAAUGUGAUACCCUUUUUUAUUAGUAUUAUUCCUUUCCACGAGUCCCGCCCUCUUUUCUUUUCCGUCGUGACAAACCGGGUACAAACUUUUAAGCGGUAGCCUUUGUCGGCGGCGGCAAUCGGAGGUCGAGGAGGGUGUGGGCCCCUUGGGCGACGUCCGGUGCCGUCUGCCACUAGAGAUCCGUCGACGCGAGAGGAGAAAGCAUUAACCAGGCGGUAGCAUCCCCACGCGGCAAGGUGUAGGCGUUCCUCUUCGGUUUCCUCGAAAGAGUGGGGAGGUGGGAUUAGAAGAACGAAAAUUGUACUUCAAGGAACGAGAAACGGAACGAGGUUGGAUGUCCCGAGUGUUACCCUUCACCUCGUAGAAGAAAACUGGUUGGCACUUCGCGAGUGAUAUUGCUAAUAAAAAAAAAAGACAACCUUGCUA